CCCACUAGACCCUUCUGAGGGGCUCGCGCUUGGGGGCUCUGCAUCUCUGCUGAAACCCGUCGGUCUCUCUACCCUUCCACUUUGCCUGUCUGCGUUGUGCUGGGGGUGACGUGGAGAGGGCGCCCGUGGCCACCGAAGCGGACCUUCGUUCCGCGGGGGCCACAGCUGCGCGCUCCCAACGGACACCCACCCGCUCGUCACCCGGAUCCCCGGGGCCGCAGUGACACUCGGAGAUCACUCUGGGUUCACUUAAAUAGGAGUACUCUCCCCUUUUCAGGGGAACCUGCAGAGUUUGGCAGCGAAAGGAAAGGUCUCCCACCACCCUCCCCCGGUACGAAACAGCGGUGAACUUGUUAGGCGCCCUGGUAUCUCAAGAGGGGCUUGCGAGUUGGUGUUCUGCUCAUUUCUGGCGCUGGAGCCGGAUUGAACAGAUGAGGAAGCCAAGGCCCAGCAGAGCUGAGAUAUGACUGCAGAGCCGUCCAACCCCAGUCCUGUGACCUUUCUCUGGUGCCUGAUACCUCUCAGCAUUUGAGGGCCUUUUCUCUUUCUGCUUCAUCUCUAAAGGUCCUUCUAGGAGAGAGGUGAAAGAUUUUAGAAAUCUUGAGCCGUGUCUUCAGUAUGCUGUCUGUGAAAUAAGGCUAUCAUUGCGUGGCAGCCAAGAUUUUCACCAGAUUGUGAUUCCCUUAUGACCAUUUGCCUUCCUGGGUAGGAAGUGAUAAAUGGCCUGAUAACAAACCUGGCAAAGAAAACGGUCUCAACAAUGAGUAGGCCACCCAUCACUACUAACUACAGAUGACUUGCCAUUUCAUUUACAAAGAUGUCGUCUGCUGCUGAAAAUGGAGAGGCAGCACCUGGAAAACAAAAUGAAGAAAAAACCUAUAAAAAGACUGCAUCAUCUGCUAUUAAAGGUGCUAUUCAGCUGGGAAUAGGAUACACAGUGGGUAAUCUCACUUCCAAGCCAGAACGAGAUGUUCUUAUGCAAGACUUUUAUGUGGUGGAAAGUGUGUUCCUACCCAGCGAAGGGAGCAAUCUGACCCCAGCACAUCACUACCCAGACUUUAGAUUUAAGACAUACGCUCCAUUAGCAUUCCGAUAUUUCAGAGAACUUUUUGGUAUCAAGCCUGAUGAUUACUUGUAUUCCAUCUGCAGUGAACCUCUAAUAGAACUGUCUAACCCUGGAGCCAGUGGAUCCUUAUUUUUUGUGACCAGUGAUGAUGAAUUUAUCAUCAAAACAGUUCAGCACAAAGAAGCUGAGUUUCUUCAGAAGCUACUGCCAGGCUAUUACAUGAAUUUAAACCAGAAUCCAAGGACUCUUUUGCCAAAAUUUUACGGACUGUAUUGUAUGCAAUCAGGAGGCAUUAAUAUCAGGAUUGUGGUGAUGAACAACGUUUUGCCACGCUCCAUGAGAAUGCACUUUACAUAUGACUUGAAAGGCUCAACGUAUAAGCGAAGAGCAUCCCGUAAAGAGAGAGAGAAAUCCAACCCCACAUUUAAGGACUUAGAUUUCCUGCAAGACAUGCACGAAGGGUUGUAUUUUGAUACGGAAACAUACAACGCACUUAUGAAAACACUUCAGAGAGACUGCCGGGUGCUAGAAAGCUUCAAGAUCAUGGAUUAUAGCCUUCUGUUGGGAAUUCAUUUCCUGGACCAUUCCCUCAAAGAGAAAGAGGAGGAGACCUCACAAAAUGUGCCUGAUGCUAAGCGGACUGGGAUGCAGAAGGUUCUCUACUCAACAGCCAUGGAAUCUAUCCAGGGUCCAGGGAAAUCUGGAGAUGGGAUAAUCACAGAGAACCCAGACACAAUGGGAGGCAUUCCAGCUAAAAGCCAUAGGGGAGAAAAACUACUUUUAUUUAUGGGCAUUAUUGACAUUCUGCAAUCAUAUAGGUUAAUGAAGAAGUUAGAACAUUCCUGGAAAGCUCUUGUUUAUGAUGGGGACACUGUUUCCGUUCAUAGACCAAGCUUUUAUGCAGACAGAUUUCUUAAGUUCAUGAAUUCCAGAGUUUUCAAGAAAAUUCAAGCUUUGAAGGCUUCACCGUCUAAGAAACGGUGCAAUUCAAUCGCUGCCCUAAAGGCGACUUCACAGGAAAUUGUGUCCUCAAUUAGCCAGGAGUGGAAGGAUGAGAAGCGAGAUUUGCUGACUGAAGGACAAAGUUUUAGCAGCCUUGAUGAAGAAGCCCUGGGAUCCCGACACAGGCCAGACCUGGUGCCUAGCACUCCAUCACUGUUUGAAGCUGCUUCCUUGGCAACCACAAUUUCAUCUUCUUCCUUAUACGCCAAUGAGCACUAUCCACACGACAGGCCUACACUCUAUUCAAACAGCAAAGGGUUACCUUCCAGUUCAACAUUUACCUUGGAAGAGGGGACCAUCUACUUGACCACUGAGCCCAACACUCUGGAAGUGCAGGAUGACAAUGCUUCUGUGCUUGACGUCUAUUUAUAAGUGAAAAUGGUGAUCACCUAAGCACAUGGAUGAGACGUGAGCACAUUUAUGGCAGAGAAGUUUCUCCGCACCAGAAUUAUCCACGGCAACUUGGCUGAGCCCCACUACACACAGAGAAAUCAUCAACCUGACAUAAGAGUUUUCAAGAUGUCAACUUCAGGCUGAUCAGCAGAUGGGAUGUGAAAAAUACUACCCUAUUCUAUCAUUUGCUGUUGCUUGCUGAACUGUGAAGAACUGCAUGAACUAUAUUUAAGCUGCUUUCUAUACCAUUGCCAAUCACCUUUUUGGAGUUGGAAGUGCUAUUUUCCUAUGGACUUCUGCAUUAUUUCAUUGUGCAUGCAUCCAGUGAUUAUACAUAAGCAACAUAUGUAAUCUGCUUAUAUAUUUUUAAAAAUCCAUCCACACACAUGGUAAAUUAAGUAUAAAUUCUUUUGCAAAAUUAUAGUUCAUGUCAUUGAAAGUUUAAAUUGGUUUCAUUUAAAGAUCAAUAUACUAGGUCUGCCUAUACUUUAUAGAAAACUAGCUUCUAUAAAGAUUUUUUCACUGUUUACUAGUGAAAUGAGAAAAGCAAAGCUAUUUAUAAAAGGCCUUACGUCGUGUACAUACAUUGUCUUUGAAAUAUUUGUGAUCUAGUUUAUUGCUUGUAAAAGAGAAAUUAUAUAAUUUAUUUAGUAAAUACUAUUGUAAACUAUAGUUUUGUGAGAGAAAUAAAAUAUUUUGUUCUCAA